AUGGACCACGAGACGGAGACCAAGGCUAAAAAAGGCCCGAGAGCAUGUAUUACUUGUGCUAAGGCAAAAUCCCGUUGCAUACCAGGUCCAACAAAACAUAUCUGUGAGAGAUGUCAUCGUCUCAAUAAGCCAUGCUCGGCCCAGACACCAGCCCCGCCGCGCAAGAGGAGGGCUUUCAAGCCUACUCGGGUCGCAGAGCUGGAGAAGCGCCUGGAGGACCUGACCGCCCGCGUCGAGUCAGGACAGGCCUUCCCGAGCCACCAUCACCACCACCACUAUCACCAGCAGCAGCAGCAGGACAGGACCGAUCGAACCGGCCCUUCUGGUCAUGAGGACAUGAGAACUCGGCAGCCCUCGCCGACAGACACGCGUCGGGCCCCUCCUGCACCACAACCAAGGCCAGAUGGGACUCUUCAGCGAGCCACCAUCACCCCUUCAGGCGUGUCUGCGACCCCUGGAAGCGGAAUACCCAAAUUUUAUCCCGACCAUGAGGAAGGACAACGGAUAUUAGAGAACUACGGCCCUCACAUAUUGACUGUCUUUCCGUUUGUUGUAAUUCCGCGAGAGAUUACGACUUCGAAGCAGCUGCUCGAGCAGAGGCCAUUUCUCUGGAAAGGCGUCAUGAUGUCGCACCCGUUCAAGGAUGCAAAACGCCAGUUCCUGAUGGGCAACGAUCUCUUGAACGACAUCAUCACAACUACAUUUGUUCGGCCUAGGAAAAGCAUAGACCUUCUCCAAGGCCUUCAGCUGCUGAUCGCUUGGUUCCAUCUCAACUCGGACAGUUUUCGCGUAACGAAUUUUCUGUACUUGAUGCGCUCGAUCUGUGCUUCUCUGGGCUUCAAUGAAUCCCAGCGGUCCUUGAAGCAGCAGCGCCGUGACCGCACCAGCCUCGAGUAUAUGCGGGCCUUUGCUGGGGUAUAUUACCUGGUGACGAUGGCCUUCACGACCAACAAGAUGCCCGAUGCCUUCAUGAGCUCCAACUACGUGUCUCAGUGCUGUCGGGUUCUAGAAGAGAAGCAGGAGUACCCUACCGACCAGCUUGUCGUCCUGCUGACCCGGAACCAGCAGCUCUCGCAGUCCAUCUCAAUGGCCCUUUCUUUCCGUGACAGUGUAAACAGCAUGCCUCUAAAUUUUAUCGUGAACACUUUUGAGCGUGAGAUUGAGCAGUUCCGCGCUUCGAUACCGGAAAUGUUUCAGCAGCACGCCGUUCUCAUCACACAGGUCCACGUCGUCAAGGUCCUCCUCUACGAGGUUGCAGUAGGCGAGGCAUCGUCAGUGACCUUGCUCCCCACAGAACGCUGUGAGCUGCUCUGGAAGUGCCUUCGGGCCGUGCGGUCGCUGCUGGAGGCACGAUUCUUCGUGCAACCCGAUACACGUCCCAGAUCGUUCUGCCUGGCGUCUUUCGAUUACACAUACGGCAUGCUCGUCGCGCUGAAGCUGUCGACUCUGGACCUGCCAGGAUGGGAUCUCCGGGUGGUCAGGAAGGAGCUGGAUUCCGACAAAUAUCUCGUACUGCAGAUCCAGGAGCUGUGGGAAUUGGUGAUGGAGAGAAACAGGAGAGGCCUGCCUAUUGCUGAUGGCGGCGGCGGCGGCGGCGGCGGCGAGGUAGAGAAGAACGCAGCCCAGCAGCGACGGCCCAGCUUUCAAGACCCCUAUAAACGCCUGCUCUCGAAAAUUAUUCAACUGCGAGCCAGCAUAGUGGCCGAUCUCGCCGCCAGCAUGCCUGCAGAACCCGAAGAGUCGACCACUGGCACCAGUUUCAACGCGCUCCUGGGCUGGGGCUCAGAUGAUCCUAUUGGCCUUGCUUAUCCCAGCUGGACAGGCGAUGUGCCCAUCUGA